CUCUCUCCAUCGAGCAUCGACAGUUCACUGAGCGCAGUUGCUCCAUAUUCAGAGAAGAAGAAACGUAAUAAACGGAGUGAUGUCUGUCGCAGGGUUGAAGAAGCAGUUUCAUAAAGCUACCCAGAAAGUCAGCGAGAAGGUCGGAGGAGCUGAAGGAACCAAGUUAGACGAUGACUUCAAAGAAAUGGAAAAGAAGGUGGACAUCACCAGCAGAGCGAUGCUCGACAUCAUGACCAAAACUACAGAAUAUCUCCAACCUAACCCAGCUUCCAGAGCAAAGCUGAGUAUGAUCAACACCAUGUCAAAGAUCCGCGGGCAGGAGAAAGGACCUGGUUACCUGCAGGCGGAGACCGUCCUGGGCGACGCCAUGUUGAGGUUUGGACGGGAGUUAGGAGAGGAGUCCUGCUUCGGCCUGGCGCUGAUGGACGCUGGAGAGUCGAUGAAGGAGCUCGGGGAGGUGAAGGACGCUCUGGACAUGGAGGUCAAACAGAACUUCAUUGACCCGCUGCAGAACCUCCACGACAAAGACCUCAAAGAGAUUCAGCAUCAUCUGAAGAAGAUGGAGGGCCGCCGUCUGGACUUCGACUACAAGAAGAAGCGUCAGGGGAAAGUCCAGGACGAUGAACUCAAACAGGCGCUGGAGAAGUUUGACGAGAGCAAAGAGAUCGCAGAGCAGAGCAUGUUUAACCUGUUGGAGAGCGACAUAGAGCAGGUGAGCCAGCUGGCAGCUCUGGUCCAGGCUCAGUUGGAGUAUCACAGCCGAGCAGCAGAAAUCCUCCAGAAACUCUCCAGCAAGAUGGAGGACAGGAUUAAAGAAGUGUCCGGUAAACCCAGGAAGGAGUACGCUCCCAAACCCCGCCUGACCCUGGAGCUACUGCCCCCCAGUCAGAGCCACAACGGGGGGGUCCACUCCACCAAAUCCCCCAGAAGAUCACCAGCCCCCAUGGACCAGCCCUGCUGCCGAGCACUCUACGACUUCGAGCCCGAGAACGAGGGGGAGCUGGGCUUCAAAGAGGGCGACGUCAUCACCCUGACCAAUCAGAUCGACGACAACUGGUACGAAGGCAUGAUACACGGCCAGUCGGGCUUCUUCCCCAUCAACUACGUGGAUAUCCUGGUGCCGCUCCCUCAUUAGGGCGUGGCAGUGACCUGGCCCUCCCCCUCGACCAAUCCAGAACAAGACAGCCUGUAUUUGCAUAAUAGACGAACCCCGUCCUCCUUCUACUUCUUCUUCUGUGCUUCUGUGCCAUUCUGCUUUCACAAAGUGGACCGAGACGAGAGAAGAGCCUGAGGUGGGGUGGACGCGAAGAGACAAGGUGGCAGGACGGGGAUUAGAGGAGAAGAGGGGGAGGAGGAGCUUCAGGUUGAGAGAAGAAGAGAGCGACUGAAAGAGACAACGAAGAGAUGAUGAUCGUUCACAGCACAUUCCUCAACCGCGCAGCAAUGGAAACCAAUGAGACUUACAAAUAAGGCACGUUGUAUAUGUACGUGCAUGAUUGUGUCUGUACGUGUUUGGACUUGUUCCUACUCUGUUACGAUCAAACCAGCACAAACUCCUGCUCGACAGUGUCCUCGCUUUCCCUUCCAUCUUUCUCUCUGAGUGAUUCUGUCUUUUCUACCAUGACUUGCCUUCCUGUGCUUUUCAAGAGCCCCAGAAAUGUCACAGUCUUCCUUCCGUUCUACCUUCCUUCCUUCCUUCCUUCCUUCUGUCCUACCUUCCUUCCUUCCGUCCUACCUUCCUUCCUUCCGUCCGUCCUACCUUCCUUCCUCUCUUGGCUAGCACUGCCUUGUAGCAUGGCUCCAAACUGAAUACAGACCACUAACCCCUGAGCUGCAGUUGGUCCUCACUACCGUCGAGUAGAUCUCGAACUCUUUCUAACGCUUCUUCUAACGCACCUGUUGUCUGCCUUUCUGAGUCGAAUCUGAGUGGCUGAAUGCACGAAGCAGCCAAGUCCAAGGUUUGAGCAGCGGUAAGGUUUAGUUUCCCAGAUGUAAAUGAGAAUUAUCGUCUUGAAAUGAUCUGAAAAGACCAAAUGAAAGAAGGUUGAGGAAGUUUUAAAGGUCUGGGGAUCGGGAACGUUCAUUCAACACGUCAGUAAAUAUGUCAGCUCAAACAAAGAAAAGGGAAACUCGGGUUUCGAGGUUUCCCUGACAGCAGCGAUAUGCUAACACAACCAGUAGUGCUGAACAGGACGAUUCACCAGGUCGGUGACAUUUCAACUCGUUUCAGUAUUCACAAGGAAAAGAUCCACAGUGUUUUUUGUGUAUUGUGUGGAGUCGUCUUAUUCGUGGCCUUUGCAUGCAGGACUGUGUGAACAGUGGCAGCCGCUCUUAUCAUCUUCACUCCAGGACCCAAGUUCCUGUUCACUGCCUUGCUAAGGGGCAUAUCAGUCGUUGACGAUCAACUCCCACGAUCGACUGGGAAAACCCACAUCCAGGACGACCUGAUGCUCAUUUCUUAUGUAAUAUCUUUGUCAACGUCUUGAAAUCUGCUGAAUAUUCUACAAACCCCCCAAAAAUGUGGACGCCCCCAGUGACGUGAAGUUCUCUGAAGUUCAGGACAUUCUUCACCUUUCAGAGUAUUACCGUUACUGGAACUUUGAGUCCUGGUAAAAGUUUUGGAAACUCCAGGCUUGUGUUUUAAUCUGGACAAACAGAAACUGAGACUUUUGUAAACAAUGACCCCGGCGCGCCGACUGGUUCUGAUCAGUCACAUGACUGAAUGAUAGCCAGAGAUGAGCGAGCGAGUCACAGAACUGUCAGUGCACGUUCAUGUGUUGUGGUGGAGGAGCUUUGACGAGAGGGUCGAUGAGAGGGGGGGGGAUCCAAAGCGUCGCUCGUUCCUACUCGUGGUUCUAGGUUUACCGACUCUAGCUUCAAGGGAAAUUGGAUAAAGUACAUCUGAAUAUCAAAAAUGUCACAUAUUGUUUCAGUCAUGGUGGUAAACUUUAGCCAUUAUGGUUCCCUGUUGUGGACGUCACAUACAGGAGGAAGUGGGACUUGUGCAGUAGCUAUAACUCUUUCUACUUAUAUUAUAUAUAUUAUCAACAGUAUUCUCUGUGAGGCAGUAUUCAGCCACUCUGAGAACUUAAGCUCAUUAAUAAUCCAAGUAUUUAUCACGAAUGUGAGCUCAAACAGAACGACCUUUCACAGACAGUGCUAACGUUCAGUUUACGUUAAAUCGCUGGUUCAUCCAAACUUGUGCGGUUUUGCCUUUGAUGCCUUUAGGGCGAGUUGAUGAGGAGUUUCUGUUUAAAGGCUUCAAACAUAAGACUGAAGGACUAAUUAUUAUAUUCAUGACUUGUUGGGAACAUCGUGGUGUCGAGUUCAUACCGACUCGUAUGAUCGUGUCAGAGACGUGACUGUGAUGUCUUCUUUGUUUUGGUGCACAUGUGAAGCUAAAGUUAACAUGUCAAAAUGAAAACUUAAAUCUUUGAAUAUUUAAUAUGUAGAAAUAUAUUGUUUCAUUCAAAAUUGUAGGAUUUUUCCAUCCAGGUAUUAUUUAUUACAUCGUCAAACGUCAGCAGGAAUCUAUGCUAGUGUGGCUAACGCUACUGUGCCUGGUGUGGCUAAUCAGCUAGCCCUUAGCUUCACAUUCCUGUACUUGUGCUUUGGUGAUACACUGUUAAUACGAAGGUAGAAUAUUUAGUGCCUGAAUAUAGAAUAUCUCAACAAUCGUGACACAUUCUGUGAAAAUACAGAGAAAACAUCAUGAACUGCACAAAUCGUUGUUUUAAACAGUCCAUUUUAUCCAGUUUUUUACUGCUUAUUAAAUAUGAAAUUGUCCCACAAUUACUGUAAUACAAUAUAUUUCAAUAAUUGUUGUGUUAUUUAUAUUAGCAGGAGUUUACAGGCAGUGACUGGAGCCAUUAUUGUCACUUUCUCCCUGAUCCGACAAACAACCCAGUCAUGCAAAGAAAUAAAGAAAAUACAACAUUUAUUUUACAAUCGACAUAUUUUAAAGUUUGUCCUCUGAUAAUUUUUGUAUUCUGAAGAUGGAAUAUGAAUUAUUUCAUUCUUGCAAUAAGUCUUAUAACAUUUUUGAUUCAAGGAUAAAAAGUGUUUUUAUGUUUUUUCUGAAAAAAAGAGUAAUAAUUUAAAUUAAAGGAAAACUAAUCUAUCAGCUUUUAAUUGAUCACAAAGGCAAUAAAUGAUGAUUGGUCAAUAAAAUAAAAUAUUUCAAUAAGAGGAAGAGAUGGUUCUGAACGAAAGCUGUGGAAGAUGUAUCUGUCUGUCUGUCUGUCUGUCUGUCUCUCUCUCUCUCUCUCUCUGUCCUCUGCCCCUCUCUCUCUCUCUCUCUGUCCUCU